AGAACACAAACCUCUCUCUUUCUAUUAACGACACACACACACACAGACACAUCUCUUUCACGUGCUUGAUUGCUUCUCCCUCAUCUCUCAUCAAAAGACGACAGUAUACGGAAAACAAAACAUAUCUAACGGGAAAAAAAAGGGAAAGAAGAAGCAUGUACGCCAGCCCGCAUCCCGAGCCCGUCGUGAUCGCCGUCAUCGGCGGCUCCGGCGUCUACAAGCUGGACUUCCUCGAGGGCGCGAAGUACUACGACAUCGACACCCCCUUCGGCACCCCGAGCGCACCGAUCUGUGUGGCCAAGGUGUGCAACGUCUUCUGCGCCUUCCUGCCGCGUCACGGCGUGCACCACCAGCUCAACCCCAGCGAAGUGAACUACCGCGCCAACAUCUGCGCACUCAAGCAGCUCGGUGUGCGCUACAUCAUCGCCAUCAACGCCGCCGGUUCGCUGGAUGCCGACUACACGCCUGGUGACCUUGUGGUGUGCAACCAGCUGGUGGACCGCACCGUGGCGCGCAAGUCCACUUUCUUCGAGAACGGUAUAGUGGCACACGUGGACUUUGCGUAUCCGAUGUCGCGCACUCUGAACACCCUUACCACCGCCGCACUUAAGGAUUGCUUCGAGGACGAGGCGGCGGAGGGGACGGGUAAGUUCAAGAUCCACAGCAGCGGCACGAUUGUGACGAUGGAGGGGCCGCUCUUCAGCACCAAGGCCGAGUCGCUCCUGAACAAGCAGCUCGGCGGACACCUGAUUGGCAUGACGACCAGCACCGAGGCGAAGCUCGCGCGGGAGGCGGAGAUUGCGUACGUGACGGUGGCGAUGGUGACCGACAUGGACGCCUGGAGCGACGCUCCGCACGUGGACACGAAACAGGUGCUCAAGACGGUCGCCGCGAACGCGGAGAAGGCGCAGCGCUACCCGCCGCUGAUCAUUAGGGCGUUGGCGGAGAACCUUUUUGAUGAUCCGGCGCACCACGCCUUGGCCAACGCGGUCAUGACGGAGCCGGAGGGGAUCUCGCAGGAGGUCCGCCAGCGCCUCCAGCCGAUCCUCGGGAAGAAGUACCCCAAGUACGCCCCCAAGGCGUAA